GGCUGCUUUAGUGAAACAAGAUUUUUAAAAAGUAACAGUGCGUGGUAUUAUGGCCAACAUCGAGGAAAAGAUUUGUCGUCAAGUUGAGUUCUACUUCAGCGACGUCAACAUUGUAAAGGAUGUUUUUUUGAAGUCCAAAAUUGCCGAAGAUGCCGAUGGCUUCGUACCGUUAGGUGUGCUCAUGACCUUCAAUCGUGUCAACGCGCUAACUAAAGAUAUCAAGCAACUCGCGGAGGCCUUGAAGGCAAGUGAAAAGCUUGUAGUCAGCGAAGACUGCCUUUCCGUACGGCGCAAAGAUCCCCUGCCGGAAUCUAUUCAGACAGACAAACAAACCGUCUACGUGAAACCCGUCCCACCGGCAUCUACAUUGGAAGAUCUCACUGCGUUCUUUGGCAAGUACGGUACCGUGCUGGCGGUGUGGCGUCGCUAUCUACAGCGCGGGAGUGACAAGAGUGCAUCAGCUGAAAGCCGCCUAAAGCCCUCAGUGUUUGUAGUCUUCAACAGCAAGGAGGAAGCAGAAGCAUUCCAGGCCGCACCGCCGGAGAUGAACGGCGUGCAGCUAACCGCAAAGAUGAAGCUUGUCUACUUGGAAGAAAAAGCCGCCCUGCUGGGCGGUAAGGGCCGAAAGAAAGACACUUCUGAGUCGUCGCCGAAUCGUGGCACCAAACCAGCUGCUCGAACCACUCCAGCAAUGCCCACCGACAGUAGCUACCGCAUCAGUGGCUGCGGAGAUAUUAAAAACUUUUCGGAUGUUAAGGGUUUAUGGCCAGCGGAGGAUCAGAAAGGUGUGCGUUACGUCUUCACACCCCAAAGCGACGAAGCCGUCAUCAUCUUCCAGGACUCGGAGACCGCAGCGAAGAUGGUAGAAUCCGUGAACCAGCGGGCAGCCACACUCAACGGUGUACAGCCAAAAAUAACUAAGGUCGAAGGCGAGGACGAGAAGAAGCUCAUCGAAGAUGUGGAAAAGGAGAUUGCCGAUCGUGCAUCGCUGCACGCGGCCUCUCGCGGACGUGGCCGCGGGCGAGGCCACGGGAAGCGCAUGCGCGAUUAG